AGGGUGAGGCUGCGGCUGGGCUGAAACCCGAGUUACAGCUCUUGUCUUCCAGGAACGACUGAAACGGCACUUGCUGUCAUGUCUCAAGGAAUCCUUUCUCCGCCAGUGGGCUUGUUGUCCGAUGAGGAGGUCGCAGUCUCCCCCAUGUUUGAGUCCACAGCUGCAGACUUGGGGUCUGUGAUACGAAAGGACUUGCUUUCAGACUGCUCUGCCGUCUCCACUUCCCUGGAGGAUAAGCAGCAGGUUCUAUCUGAGGAUAAUACAGAGAAGGUGAAAGUAUACCUGAGAAUCAGACCCUUGUUACCUUCUGAGUUGGAGCGACAGGAGGAUCAGGGUUGUGUCCACAUCGAGAAUAUGGAGACUCUUAUUCUACAAGCACCCAAGGAUUCUUUUGCCUUGAAGAGCAAUGAGCGAGGAAUUGGUCAAGCUACUCACAGAUUCACCUUUUCUCAGAUCUUUGGGCCAGAAGUAGGACAGGCAUCCUUCUUCAACCUGACCGUGAAGGAGAUGGUGAAAGACGUACUCAAAGGACAGAACUGGCUCAUCUAUACAUACGGAGUUACCAACUCAGGGAAAACCCACACAAUUCAAGGUACUAUCAAAGAUGGAGGGAUCCUACCCCGGUCCCUAGCUCUGAUCUUUAAAAGCCUCCAAGGCCAGCUUCAGCCAACACCUGAUCUGAAGCCCUUGCUUUCCAAUGAGGUGAUCUGGCUGGACAGCAAGCAGAUCCGGCAGGAAGAAAUGAAGAAGCUGGCCCUGCUAAAUGGAGGCCUGCAUGAGGAGGAGCUUUCCAGCUCCUUGAAGAGAAGUGUCUGCAUUGAAAGUCGGAUGGGUACCAGCACCAGCUUUGAUAGUGGUAUUGCUGGGUUAUCCUCUACCAGUCAGUUUACCAGCAGUAGCCAGUUGGAUGAAACAAGUCACCGAUGGGCACAGCCAGACACUGCCCCAGUAAGUGUCCCUGCAGACAUCCGCUUCUCCAUCUGGAUAUCCUUUUUUGAGAUCUAUAAUGAGUUGAUCUAUGACCUAUUAGAACCACCUAGCCAGCAGCGCAAGAGGCAGACUCUGCGGCUAUGUGAGGAUCAGAAUGGCAAUCCCUAUGUGAAAGAUCUCAAUUGGAUUCAUGUUCAGGAUGCGGAGGAGGCCUGGAAACUCCUAAAAGUGGGUCGUAAGAACCAGAGCUUUGCCAGCACCCACCUGAACCAGAACUCUAGUCGCAGUCAUAGCAUCUUCUCCAUCCGAAUCCUGCACCUUCAGGGGGAAGGAGAUAUAAUCCCUAAGAUCAGCGAGUUGUCACUCUGUGAUCUGGCGGGUUCAGAGCGCUGCAAAGAUCAGAAGAGUGGUGAGCGGCUAAAGGAAGCAGGAAACAUUAACACUUCUCUGCACACUCUCGGCCGCUGUAUUGCUGCCCUGCGCCAAAACCAGCAGAACCGGUCAAAGCAGAACCUGGUUCCUUUCCGUGACAGCAAGUUGACUCGAGUGUUCCAAGGCUUCUUUACAGGCCGAGGCCGCUCCUGUAUGAUUGUCAACGUGAAUCCCUGUGCAUCUACCUAUGACGAGACCCUUCAUGUGGCCAAGUUUUCAGCUAUUGCUAGCCAGCUUGUGCAUGCCCCACCGGUACAACUGGGAUUACCAUCCCUGCAUUCAUUCAUCAAGGAACACAACAGUCUGCGGGCAUCUCCCAUCUUAGAGGCAGGGGCUAAACUGGACCCAGGCCUUGAUGAUGACAGAGAAAAUGAAACGGACAUCUCCAUGUAUGGCAAGGAGGAACUCCUACAGGUGGUAGAAGCCAUGAAAGCACUGCUUUUGAAAGAACGGCAAGAAAAGUUGCAGCUAGAGAUGCAGCUCCGGGAUGAAAUUUGCAAUGAGAUGGUAGAGCAGAUGCAACAACGGGAACAGUGGUGCAGUGAGCAUCUGGACAUCCAGAAGGAACUGUUGGAGGAAAUGUAUGAAGAGAAACUAAAGAUUCUCAAAGAGUCAUUGACGAGUUUUUACCAAGAAGAGCUUCAGGAGCGAGAUGAAAAAGUUGAAGAACUAGAAGCCCUGUUAAAGGAAGCCAGACAGCAGCCACAAGGGUCUAAAUCAUCCCUACGGCAGUCACAUCGGUUGGCAGCUAACUACACCCAGCAACUUCAGGAGGUUAAAGCUAAAUUAGAGCAAUGCAAAGCAGAGCUGAGCUCUACCACUGAAGAGCUGCAAAAGUAUCAGAAGAUGUUGGAACCUCCACCUUCUGCCAAGCCUUUCACUACUGAUGUGGACAAGAAGUUAGAAGAGGGCCAAAAGAAUGUAAGGCUGCUGCGGACAGAGCUUCAGAAACUUGGAGAGUCUCUCCAGUCGGCAGAGCGAGCUUGUUGCCACAGCACUGGGGCAGGAAAACUUCGCCAAGCCUUGACCACCUGCGAUGACAUCUUAAUCAAACAGGACCAAACCCUGGCUGAACUGCAGAAUAACAUGAUGCUGGUGAAACUAGACCUUCGGAAGAAGGCAGCAUGCAUCGCUGAGCAGUACCAUACUGUGCUAAAACUCCAAGGCCAGGCUUCUUCCACCAAAAAGCGCCUUGGUGUCAACCAGGAAAACCAGCAACCAAAUCAGCAGCCCCCAGGGAAGAAACCAUUCCUUCGGAAUUUACUUCCUCGAACACCUACCUGCCAAAGCUCAACAGACUGCAGCCCAUAUGCCCGAAUUCUGCGCUCACGACGUUCCCCUUUACUCAAAUCUGGGCCUUUUGGCAAAAAAUACUAAGGCUAUGCGGGGGAAGGAGAGCAUAGUCGUCGUCCUGAGGUGGGUCAGCUACCCAGUUUAAGCUUUACCAUAUACCUAGAACUCUCUCCAAGAUGAAAUACUAGUAUUUUUUCCUGUUUUGUAAUAUAUCCGUAUAUGUAAUUUCAUUGUUAUGUUGUUUUUCUUGUUUGUUUUGAACUUGUGGUUUCUAUGCACACAAAAACUUAUAUUAAAUAAAAUAUACUCACUUUUA